AUGAAGAAUAUGAUAUUAGAACCUCAUGAGAGGAGCUCUAGGCAGCAGCAAGCAAAAAUAUUCCCAUUAUCUUUAUCUCCAUCACUCUCAAAUACUUUUUUUAGCACGAUCUCAAAAGCUGCUUCUCAUCUCUGAAGAUUUUUAUUUCCAAAGGCAGAAAUAAAUUCAAUAGAUCGAACCUCAUCAUUUCCUCCAAAACUUAUACCUGUUUGCCAAGAAUAGCCCACUAAGGAGCAUUUUUGGUUCGCCAUUCUUAAAUUUAGUUAGCCAAAAAAUAUGCCAUGCCAAGGAAUUUGGCAAGCCAGCUAUUAUUAUCCGCCAAACAAAAAAUGCUCCUUAGUGGGCUAUUCUUGUAAAUAAGUAUAAAUUAAUUGAGCCCAUAUCUCAAUUUAUAAUCAGAGAAGAUAUAAAUAAAUUACCUGAUAAUUUUGAUACAGAAAAUAAUCAAAAUUUCAUAAAGCAUGGCUCAGUCCCUUUUCAAUAUGAGCCAAGCCCUAACUCCCCCCCCCUCCGUGAGCGAACAAAACAUUAGAAAAAUCGCCAUUUUUUGACCAAAAACCCACCCUCCGUGAGUGAACAAAAAUUUUUUUAAUAGAAAAAAAAUUUUAAUGGGAAAAAAAUUUUGAUAUAUAAGUGAUAAUUAGUAUAAUGAAAUCUAGAGCUAAUUCUGUUUAAAUUUUAAACAAAUUGCGUUUUAAAACAUAAAUUUUGCAAAUUAAAUUAAUAUUUGCUUCCCAAUUUUUGCAAAUUAGGAUUUUUUUAAAUUUCGAAAAAAAUAUUUUUUAUAAAAUUUAUAUAUAAAUUUUUUUUUUAAAAAAAAAAAUUAACCCCCCUCCGUGAGCGAACAAAAUUUUUUUGUUCGCUCACGGAGGGGGGGGGGAGUAAGAGCCUUGGAUGCAAAAGGAAAAUACCAGAGAGCCAGCUAGAAGAAGGAAUAAAAAAAGUCAAGGUUAAUAAUGAAGAUUUUGAGUCUCAAACAAAUUUUUUAAAACCAGAAUUACCAAAUAUUUCAAAAGACAAAAAACGAGCUCCAACACCUUAUAAACAAACCAAUUCAAGUAAAACUGAUAGCAAACUUAAUAUGAAAACAGUUGACAAGAAAUUAAAGGAAAGCGAAAUUUUUGCAAAAAGGUAUGAAGAAUAUUUUAAGGACAUCGAUUUUAGGACUAUAAAUGAAAUUGGAAUUAAAGAAAACAAAAAAAUAGAACCUCAAAAUGAUAAGUUUGCAAAAGAGGAAGAAAAAUUCAAAUAUAAAAAUAAAGAUUGGAAUUUGAAUGAAGAAGCUUCAAAAGAGCAAAAUGAAAUUAUAAGCAGCAAUUGUGCAGAAACGCAGCGUUUAGAUAGUGAGCACAAAAGAAGUGUAGAAGAUAGAAAUAUUGAUACUAACCCAAAAUAUAAAUUUGCUAAAUGCGUACCUAAAUUAGCAAUGAGCUCUGAUUCUGUUAUCAGUAUAAAUCAAGACAAAAGAAACGAAAAUUUUUGAAUUAGCCCAAGUAAUCUGCAUAAAGAAAAAACUAUUAUUUCAGAAAUUUCUCCAUUUGAAGCAAAAGAUGCAAACAAAAGAUCAAUUGCAUUAGAAAGACAAAGCAGUAAUUUAAUCGCAAAUAAUAAAGAUAGAAAAUUAAUAGAGAAUCCGUUUUGUGCUAGCGAAAAAAAGCAAGAAUUCCCAAAUGGAGAAGAAGGGGUAUUUAAAACGAAUUUUUAUUUUAAUUUUCGAAAGGAUAACGAAGAAGGUUCUUUCACUCCUCGAAAGAAGUAA